CCCUGGGCGAAGAGAAUGAAACCACGGUCGCCAAGAUCGCAUGGCUCAGCAGCAAAGAAGCCACGAAGCCUUAUGGAUCGAUGGUCGUGUACCUAACGAAAUCAACUGACGCGCGGAGACUCCUGGCUGAUGGGUACUUCCACGUCGGAGGAGAAUCCGGGACAACCAGCAUCUUCGAUGCAGGAAUGUCUAGAGAUGCGCGAAGUGCGCCGCAGAAGGCCAUCGCCACAGUAGCUGCGACCAGACAGUUCCGAAGUGCGUUCUAUGUGGGGGCCCUCACGAAUCGUUCAGCAGGAAUUGUCGGAAGCUCUACCCGCCUCGCAAUGAAUAAAACGCUCCGAGUGAUGCAGCUGAAUGUGAGGAAACAGGGUGCAGUGCAUGACAGUUUGAUGAACGAUGAAGAGACACAGGACGCAGUGGCACUAGCAAUCCAGGAACCCUAG